CACAGCAGCCCCCCUCCUUCUCACACAUCGCCGCCGCCGCCAGCCUCCCUCCGGUGCCGCCGUCGCGCCACCGCCACCUCCGGCGGUGGUCCUCCUUCCUCCUCCCUCUUUCUCCCUUCUCACCCUCUCUCUCCCUUUCCUAUCUCUCUCUCAGAGACCACUCCACCACCGCCGCCGUAGCGAGCCCGACGACGCACCGCCACCACCGUGCGCAACACAGACGCCGCCGCCACCUCUAGAUCUCCUCCCGUUCAGAUCAGCCGUCGCCGUCGCGGACUCCUCCUCUCCCUCUCCCUCUCCCCUUCUUUCUCUCCAGGUCUGCCGCCGUCGCCGCCACUGUGCAUGCACAGGCGGCGGCUUCAGCCUCCUCCGCGCCUCGCACCGCCGGCCGCUGCCACAGCCGAGACCUCUCCCAGCCGCCGACAUCGAUUCCCGAUAGGGAAAAUCAACAUCUGAACCAAACCAAUCUGAGACGAUGAGAGCUGCCGGCCGCCGCCGCGCGGCGGAAUCCCUCGCUCCGGACCGGCGUCCGCUACCUCCCACGCCCACCAACACAGCAGAUCCUUGGCAGUCAGUCACCACUCCUGUCAACCGCCGCGAAUCUGACGCCAGCUUCUGCAGCAGCCUCCCCUCAAUUGCCUCCGCCGGCCGCCCUUCCGCCGCCGCCACCAACAUAUCCGACCGAUCUUACCAACUCGCCGCCCUCCGCACCAUCAAUUCCUACCUCGCCUCUCAUUCCGCCCCCUUUUCGCUUAAGCCUCCUUUGCCUUCCGCUAAAGACAUCACCGAAACCCUAAAGCUUCUACUGCAGCGCUUCGGGUUCGCUUCUCAGAAAAUCGACGGCGAUCUCAGCCACGCGUUGAAAUCACUCAAAUGCCCCUUGAAAUUGAACAAAUCGGCCCUGCGCGCCCCAGGUACGCCGCAUUCAUGGCCCAAUUUGCUUCCGGUUAUCCACUGGCUUGUUCAAUUAGCUCAGUACACGGAUUCUACAUUGAAUUCGUCUCCUGAACUUGAGGGUGAAAAGAUGUUGAUGCACAAUGUAAACAGUUAUCUGCUCUACAUUAUGGGAGAUGAUGAGGCUAUGGAUGCUUUGGAUUCGGAGUUUAUAAGUGAGUUGGAAGAGUGGAGGGAUAAAGUGGGGGAAACUGCGACGGCUGUUGACGAAAAUGCUAACGAGCUGGAUGCCAAAUUGACGAGUUUGAAGAAGGGCCCGAGUCAGAAGGAGGUUUUGGAGCAGGAAAAGGCAGUUGUAGAAAAGGACGUGACGAAGUUCCAUGACAUGAUCGCACAGCUGGACGCACAUUUGGUGGAUGUGCAGAAGAAGCUAGUGGAGAAGGAGAGGGCAUUGGAGGCCAAGGCGGAGGAGCGGAAGAGGAUUUGCGAUGAGAAUGAGGAGUUGAAGAGGAAGAUUGAGGAACAGGGGAUUAAUAUGAGAGAUGCUGAGAGAAUGAAACGAGAAUUGCAGGCUGUGGAACGUAAUUUAGAGGAGGCCGAGGCUGGGAGAAGUGGCUGGGAGGAGAAGAUUUGGGAGCUCGAUUCUGAGAUAGGCAAUAAGUUUAAGGAGCUCGAGCAUCUUUUGAUGGAAUGCAACCAAACUAUUAGAAGGUUGAAGCUUGGAAAUGGAUUUCAAUAUCAGCUGCAUGCCGACGGGUCCACACCAGCUGAGGUCUUGGGAUUAGAUUACAAGAGCAUACUAAAGCCCGCACUUGUUGCCUUUGUUGAGGAAAUAAAAGGGAGCUCAAUGGAGAAAUUGGAAGAACUGAUUUCUCUUCGGCCACAAUCAGGUGAAAAUGCUGCUAAGCUGGAGGAUAAACGGACUCGUAUUGCUGUCCUUCAGUCCCACAAUGAUGAGGUUGAAUCUCAGCUGGACAUAGUGACGAAAGAAAUGCAAGAGUAUAUCUCUAGACGCGCAGCAGAAGCAAAGAAGAUGGUAGAGGAAGUUGAAACGAAGGCUCAGCACAUCUCUAUUGUUGAAAAAGAUGCAGCAGAAUUGUUGAAGAAUUCCAAGGCCGGGCUGCACGAAGACACGAUUCAAACUGAAGAAGAUGUUAAGUUGUGUGCUCGGGAACUCUUUGACUUGAUUAAUUCAGUUGCAGCAUACAAAGAGUACGUAGGCUCAAAAAUUGCACGAAUGAGGACCGACCUGCUGGAAACUGCUGGUGCCGUUGCUGAUACUUACAAAGGGUACCGUUCGUCACAUGGCCACGUUGUUUCAGAUUCGAACAAUUGCCUAACAUAAAAGGUUGGGAACUCCCAACUCACUUGAUUUUCUUAGCUAAAUAUGAGUAGUACUCCAUAUUUAUCUAAUACAGUACAAGUUUCUGUGGAGAAAUCGUUGUUGAUGAAUUCGAAAGUGGAGAAAUCGUUGUUUAUGUUAGAGAAUAGUUUGUUUCUUGUGUGUAUAUUUGGUUAAUAGGAAUGAGAUAUCAUCAAUGUAUUUUCACUUAAUUUAUGUUUCUUUUACUGGGAUAAUAUUAAGAUGUCGUUAAGUACGUAA